AUGUUUUCAUCAUCGAAACAGCAAGACGCCUCUUCCCAAUCAAAAACAAGCAACCAUAGAUCUUCUCCAGAGUUGAUUGCUUGUUCGGCUCAAGAGAACAGUAACAACGCCCUCGUUGCAAACAGUACACAGUUGUUGUUAUUAUCGUCUGCAUCUUCUUCAUCGCCAGCGGUCAGUGUACACUUGUUUCCGGCUGGUAUUGAGAGUGGCUCGUCAUUCCUAGACUCGACACUCUAUUCAAACAACUCGACUUCUCCGUGCAUGUUCAAUCCAGGUGAUCAGGUAUACAUGCAAAGCCACACAACAUCUUCUUCGUUAUCAACUACCAAAACCACUCAACAACAAUUACAGCAAAUGGCUAUGAAUCGAUCACCGGUGAUGGCCAACAAUGUUUUAUUGAAUCAUGCCGAUACCUCUCCAAACUCCCACCACUACAUGGGUGUUCGUGCACCAACAAACUCCAGCCAAAAUCAGCAACCACCAACCUCGGCAGUCGCAUCAACCACAACACAGUCUCCCUUAUACCAGGUCCAUUUUUUGGAUUCUCUUCUCCAUGAUGAAGAAAUGAUGCAAUCCUUCAUUCAAUCCGUGAAUCACCAGAACACAGUCAUGAAUCAAUCUCAAGUGAACCAAUACCCGAAUACAUCUCAACCCUUUCUGAUUCAUCCACAGGACGAUCUCCGUGGUGCAGAUAACAGCAAUCACGCACAUGCAAUUUCCUGCGUUGGAGAGAAUCACCCUCCGUCGACUCGGCGACACAUGUUUGAAUCUGAAAAAUUUGCCCAAACACAACAGGCAAUGAAUCUGUCACCAACCACCACUGCAACACCACCUUUAAAAAACGUCAUUACCAAUUGUCCCGUGACCACCGGCAUGAGAACAAACACAGUGCCGUCAAACACAAAUUCACUAGUACCUUCUUCAACAAUCGCUGCAUCAGCAACAUCAUCAUCAACGGCAAUUACGCAAGACGAUACUGUCAAUCAAGGAAAGGAAUCAAAUCUACACCCGAUUGCAUGUUCCAGAUGUCGGGAACGACAUAAACGAUGCGAUAGAAAAUUACCAUCGUGUGGCUAUUGUGAAAAACAAGGAUUACCUUGCAAUUACACAACACCUAAAAAACAACGAAGAGUUUAUCAACGAGCAGUACCGGUUCCAGCAGGAAAUGAUGUUUCUAGUAUUACCAUGGUUACUGGAGGAGGUUCGUCGGGAAGCUUUUUCACAUCCACUCCUCUUUCAGCAGUGAAUUCUGCAUUAUUGACAAGAAGAGGAUCAGUGGAUUCGAAUAUUUCUAGCUUUUCUGCAACAUCGGCAGUUUCAACAUCAAGCUCAACAGGAGGAUCAAACUCUAAUGAAGCCACAAAUGCAUUUGAAAUUUUCACUUUUAGAUGGCAAGGAAAUUCUAAUUCUAAUUCAAAAUCGUCAUCUUCAAAUAAGAAAAAGCGAAAGAGUGUUUCGCAAAAUCCUUCAGAAACUCCAAUGUCACCACAAAGCUUCACAAAAAGAAAUUCAAUGCCAGGAACUUUUGCUCAUGACUCAUACGGUGUUGGAUCAAGCGCUUCAUCAUCAGUACCUGUCAUCAACGAACGAAGAGAUGAAGCUCUAGAAGCAUACUCCUUUCCCAAGAAAAAGAAACCUUCAGACCAACAAUCACUCAUUCCAAACUCUUCGACAAUGCAACCACAAAUGAGUAAUAUUAUCACGUCACAAGGUUUGCCAAAUAAUCAACCACUCGAACAUUUGACAUUGUUAGCACAAACUCAAAACUCUCCAGGUGUUGUUGUGAAUUCACCUAGUAUACUAUUUGGCAACAGCAAUCAAUUAGGAGUACUUAACACUCUUCAUCAGCAAACACAACUUCAACCACCAAAUAUUGAUACUUCUUGCUUUAGAAAAUCGAUAUUUGAAUUUUUCUUUAGAUAUGUUUCAGUCGGCUUUUCAUUAAUCCCAAACGAGGUCUUUGAUGAAUAUGUAUUUGGAUCCGAGGCAAUGAACAAUGUAUUUGGAAAGGAUUUAAUGUCACUUUUAUUUGCAAUUCAUGCCACAACAAGUGUUGUAUUUAAAAAUUAUGAGGAGGCAGAAUUAGCAUUUAGGAAAUCCGAGUAUAUUUUACCGUCUUAUGUUGAUAACAUGGAUCAAUCAGCUUCUAUUCGCCAGUUUCAAAUUUAUGAUUCAAAUUACACUUUAGCCAGGAAUCUUGUUUUGGCAAAUUAUUGUUAUUUUAUUGGAAAUGUAAAAAAAGCAAAAAGAUAUUUAUUUAUGGCCGACAAGUCUUUAGAAAAGAAAAUACCAAAUUAUGCAAACAGAUCAUUCUUGAACUGCCCUACUUUGCCUGACGAUGACGAUACAGCAGGAACGCUCAAUCAAUACUCUGUAUUUACCAAUCUUCCUAAUGAUAUUAUGUUGUUGAUGAAAAUGAGACUAUUCAUGGGCAUCAAAGUUGAUGAAAUAGGGUUUAUGAUGGAGAGAGGGCUCGAAUACGUGAAUGGCUUGAUUGACUUUGCUCAACCUUUAAUUUCACCUUCUUCGUUGUCUAGCUCGCUCAACGGGCCAAUUAUGUCAUCAUGCUUGUUUGAUGAUAGCACUUUUACGUUCAAGUCAUUUGUUGGAAUGGCCAUGCUUACUUCAUUCUUUUAUUUAACGGGUACAAUACCAUCAGAGGUUUUGGCAGUGACCAUGCAACCACUCACUUCUGAGAAUAUUAAGAUCUAUCUCACACUCUCUCUUCUUCUCAGAAAGAAGAUUAAGGGCCAUGCUAAGGCAAGACCUCAACACUUUUAUGGAGAUCAAAAUUCCGUUAUUUCCUCGCCGUUGGCAAUGUUAACUGAUUUAUUUUCAUUGUCAUGUAGUAUUCUUAUGCUUCAUGAGACUAUGUGUAAUCAGAAAUUAUAUAAUGACGGACACACUGAUCAAAUGCAAUAUACGACGGUCAUGUUCCAGUAUGCAGAGCAAAUGAAAGAUAUUAUUCAUCAGAUUCCUGAGGAUGCUAUCAAUAUUUCAUAUUUAAGUUUGGGAAUUUUAUAUUUAUUAGUAAUGUACUUUAAACAGUUGGAAGAAAUUGAGGUACAAGCCAUGAGAAAUGGAUUUUCAUUACACACGAACGAAGCGUUCCAAAAACAAUUGACAUCCUUGGCCAUUGUACACCGAUAUAUUGCAAUCAUUGCUAAUAAGCAUCCAGUGGCGAUGGAAAAGUUUAAAGGUACUCUUGACAGAAUUGGUCAAUUUCUUUUGAGAUUUAGUGGAUCUCUAUUUGGCUCUUCAACGACGAUGGGAAGUGUCACUGGCUCGAAUCAUCCAACCACAACUCUGUAA